AGAACCGAGGCUGGUCCCCUGCUGGGCCCCUGACCUGCCCUUGGCCUCUGCCCCGGCCCCUGUCCCGCUUGGGUGGAAGCCCCAGCUCAGCGCGCCACUUGGGGGCCCACCCGACCGCUUCGCUGGCACCCGUUGGCUCGCUGGCCCCCAUGAGCCCGCCCCCACUGCCCCGCCCCUCCAAACGGCCACUCCACGUCCAAAGGCAGCGGCUUCCAAGGUGGAAGCUGGGUCCCGCUGCCAGGAAGCAGCCUGCUUGAGAGCGGCGCGGGACUCGGGGCUUCCACGUGCGCGCCUGCCCUGCCAGCCACCGUCUUCCCCGGAGACCGGGCCCCGGGACGCCCUUACCGGGGGACGGCGCCCCGCUUUGCGCGCUGGCCUUGGCUCGGAAGUCCCCGCGCGGCCGCCCGCCGCCCGACCACGCUCCAGCGCCGGCGGUCCGACGUGCCCGGAGCCGCGAGCCCAUGGAGGGCCUGGGCCGCUCGUGCCUGUGGCUGCGUCGGGAGCUGUCGCCCCAGCGGCCCCAGCUGCUGCUGCUGGACUGCCGAAGCCGCGAGCUGUACGAGUCGGCGCGCAUCGGCGGGGCGCUGAGCGUGGCGCUGCCCGCGCUGCUGCUGCGCCGCCUGCGGCGGGGGAGCCUGUCGGUGCGCGCUCUCCUGCCCGGGCCGCCGCUGCAGCCGCCCCCGCCCGCCCCGGUGCUCCUGUACGACCAGGGCGGGGGCCGCCACCGGCGCGGGGAGGCGGAGGCCGAGGAGUGGGAGGCCGACUCGGUGCUGGGCACUCUGCUCCAGAAGCUGCGGGAGGAAGGCUACCUGGCGUACUACCUGCAGGGCGGCUUCAGCAGAUUCCAGGCGGAGUGUCCCCACCUGUGUGAGACCAGCCUCAGCAGCCGAGGUGGCCCCAGCACAGCCCCGGGGCCCAGCCCAGUGGUGGGGCUGGGUGGCCUCUGCCUGGGCUCUGACUGCUCUGAUGCCGAAUCCGAGCCGGACCGCGACGCCAUGAGCUGUGGCCUGGAUUCAGAGGGUGCCACACCCCCCCCAGUGGGGCUGCUGCCCUCCUUCCCUGUCCAGAUCCUGCCCAACCUCUACCUGGGCAGCGCCCGGGAUUCAGCCAACGUGGAGAGCCUGGCCCAGCUGGGCAUCCGCUACAUUCUCAACGUCACCCCCAACCUCCCGAACCUCUUCGAGAAGAAUGGUGACUUUCACUACAAGCAGAUCCCCAUCUCAGACCACUGGAGCCAGAACUUGUCCCAGUUCUUUCCUGAGGCCAUUGCAUUCAUCGAUGAGGCCUUGUCCCAGAACUGCGGGGUGCUCGUUCACUGCCUGGCAGGCGUCAGCCGCUCUGUCACCGUCACCGUGGCCUACCUCAUGCAGAAGCGCCACCUCUCCCUCAACGAUGCGUACGACCUGGUCAAGCGGAAGAAGUCUAACAUCUCACCCAACUUCAACUUCAUGGGGCAGCUGCUGGACUUCGAGCGUAGCCUUCGGCUGGAGGAGCUGCGCGCCCGGGAGCGCAGCAGCGGGGGGCACAAGUCCUCGGCCUCCGACCCGCCCUCCUUCUUCACCACCCCUACCAGCGAUGGUGUCUUCGAGCUGGACCCCACAUAGGGGCCCGCUCCACCCCCCAGUGGGUGCCCCUGACCACCCGUGUGCUUGGGGGGGAGGUGGGAGGGGGCUCAGCCGGAAGCAAGGCAGGGGGUGGGGGGGGAGCGCAAUACCUCAGGGGAGGGCUGUUGGGAAGAGGCCGGAGCCAGGAGCCCCUCCAGAGUGGCUGCGGGGGAGACCUGUCCUACCCACUUGAAACAUCCACGGGAAUCCUAUUAAAUGUGCCUAUAAGCUGGGCCAGGGCCACCGGCCUGACCCGCGCCGCUUUCGGGCGGAACCACGCUCCAGAA